AAUCCAGCCCCUCUUUCUGAACAUCACAUUUGAAAUAAAUACAGGGCUCUUGGAAAACCUUCUCAUUUUUCAUCUCUCCCCAGUUUAAGGUUCAACAUGGGGUCUCCUGUCUGUUGGAGAUGGAUUGCUGUACUAUCAUGUCUCCUUUGCAUGGGAGGUGAAGUUCGGUGUGACUGUACAAAUGAGAGAUUGGAUAUGGAAGGAGGCACCUACACACUGACGAAAGAGCUGCACUCAAACAGCAUCGUGGUCUACCAAUGUCCUGAGGGCUACUAUCCAUCACCCCAUAUGACACGCACGUGUCAGGGUAGUACUUGGAACCCAGCGCCUAGAAGAUCUCAGAAAUGCAAACUUGUUGAAUGCCCAGACCCCAAUGUGCUGGAGCACGGAAGUGUCUUGCCUCCUCAGCCAAAGUACUUUGUGGACAAUGAGACCACAUUCGAGUGUUACUCUGGAUACAGAUUGCAAGGCUCAGACAGACGUGUGUGCUUACCAAAUGGAAAGUGGAGCGGCUCCACUCCCAUCUGUAGCCAUGACUCGGGGUCCACUUGCCCUGAUCCUGGUAUUCCACCUGGCGCCUCAAGGACAGGGAACAUAUUUGACGUUGAUGACACAGUGAAAUACAGCUGCAACAACAACAUGAUUUUGGUGGGAUCGAAGGAGAGAGUGUGUCAGGAGAAUGGCCAGUGGACUGGAUACGAGCCAGCAUGCUACUACCAACACACUUACGACACUUCAAUGGAGGUUUCAUUGGCAUUUGGAGGCGCAAUCAAAAACAGCCUCACGAUUUUAAACCCUGAAGAUGACAUACAGGGAACGAGAAAAAUAAGGAUUUCCAAAAAUGGGGUACUUAACAUCUACAUCGCAGUGGAUAUUUCUGAGAGCCUCAAAAAGGAACACAUCAAAAAUGCAACUGAUGCAGUGACAGCACUUAUUGAUAAGAUUUCAUCCUUUAGCGUCACUCCAAAUUAUGAAAUAGUGUUUUUCUCCUCUGAAAUACAUGAAGUUGUCAACAUUAUGGAUUUUUUUGAACCUGGGGGUGUAAAUGACAUAAUCCAAAGAGUGAAUAACUUUGAAAUAAGUGAGGACAUCAACAAGGGAACAGACUUAAAUGCUGUCUUUGUCAAAUUCUUGGAGAAAAUGGCACUUAUAAAAGUUCGUGUUAAAGAGGAGCCUUUUAAGGAACACCGCCACUGUAUCAUCGUUUUUACAGACGGUGCUUAUAAUAUGGGUGGAUCACCAGGAAGCACUGUGGAAAAAAUAAAGAAAAUGGUAUACGUAGACCACACUGUAGGACAAAGUCUGGAAGAACAACCAAGAAAAGACUAUCUGGACAUUUACGUCUUUGCCAUUGGACUGGAGAUCAUUGAUGACGACCUGAAGCCACUCACAGUAGGGACCGGCGGAGCGCAUUACUUCAGAAUGAAGGAGAUUAAAAAUUUAAAAGAGACCUUUUACGACAUAAUAAAUGAAGAUGAUGUUGUAGGUCUUUGUGGCCUUCACAGGGAGUUUGAAAAUACAGAACGCGACAGCAAGAGGAAAAGGUUUCCAUGGUGGGCAGCCAUUACUGUCAAGGACCCCAAUACAGGAAAACUGAGGAAUUGUCUCGGCUCUCUGGUGAGCCCUCGGUUUGUCUUGACUGCCGCUCACUGCUUCACAUUUGAAGAUCUGUCUGAGAACAUCAAAGUUGAGAUUGAGGACGGAACUAACAGAGAACACAAUGUAACAAGGCACAUAUUUCACCCGAACUUCAAUCUUACUCUUCACAAGAAACAGAAUGUGUCGGAGUUCUAUGACUAUGAUGUGGCGCUCCUUCAACUCGGGGGGGACGUUCAAAUCUCCAAUAUAGCUCGACCUAUUUGCAUACCAUGCACCAAGGAGACCAAUGAAGCAUUAAAACUGCGUCCUGAUGCCACCUGUGAGCAACAAGAGCAGGAACUGCUCCUUACGGGUAAGGAAGAAGUUCUCCAUUUCCUGCGCAAGCAAGGAACAUCUGUAAUUGAAAAAACUGCCCGUGCAAAGCUUGGACCAAAUCGAGCUGCGUGCAUCCAACAUGCAUUAGAGGCACCAGGCAUAGAAACAAAAGAUAUAAGCCUUGUUGUGACCAACAACUUCCUGUGCACUGGUGGUCUGCAACCUCAAAGAGAUGAUAUAUCAUGUAAAGGUGACUCUGGAGGGGCUGUCUUCAAGGACCAUUCGCAUCGCACAAUACAGCUUGCAGUGGUCAGCUGGGGAAACAAGGACUUGUGCGCAAAGGGUUUCUCUGAGUCAGAUGAAACCUCUAGAGAUUUCCAUAUAAAUCUUUUCAGAGUUUUUGAUUUUCUUAAAAACGUCCUUGGAAAUACAGACCAGACUGACUUCGCCCCCCUGUUGUUUUUGGAGAGAUAAAUGCAUUUACAUACUGUCUUUUGUUUAACCAGUUCAAUUAUAUAACUUGUUUAAACUGUAUGUUUCCAUUCAUUGGCUUGUCUUAUUUUGCUGAUUUAUUCUGAUUUUUUUGUUUUCUCAGAAUGUGCAUUCAUAAUAAAACAGAGGAACUUUUUAGAUAGUUUUCUCAUCAAAAGCAUACAUAAUAAGGAGUCACAAAAAAAGGCAUUACUUAUUCUCAAAAUGCACAAUUACAGUCAUUAAAAUACAACUCAAUCAUCA